AUGCCAUUGCAAUCACCCACCUUCUUCUUCAUCACAUCCCUGUAUCUGGCAUCAUCAUCGGCCGUGGCCGCCGGCGGUGCCACGCGGCCGAGCUGCCAGCACGAGUGCGGCGGCGUGCUCAUCCCUUACCCGUUCGGCAUCGGCGACAACUGCUCCUGGCCGUGGCCGGGCUCCGGCGCCGGCGACGAGUUCCAAAUCACAUGCAAUAACAGCCUCGCCGGCGGCGGCCCCCCAAGACCCUACUUAUUCGGUAAGCAUGAGAUCAUCGACGUGGAGGUAGAGGCCGCCGUGAUGCGCAUCUACGAGCCCGUGUCGUACAUCUGCUUCAAGUCGAUCAACCAGUCGUCGCUCGAGUACUCGUGGGAGUUCAGCUCCGACUCGUCGCCGCUGCUCAUCUCGCCGACGAGGAACAAGCUCACCGGCGUCGGCUGCUACACCGACGCCAUGAUCGACGGCCGGGACGACGAGAGCUACUACACCACCUGCGCGAGCUACUGCCCCGGCGCGAGCUUGGUGCAGGUCGGCGACGGCGAGAAGUGCGCCGGCCUCGGCUGCUGCGAAACGCCGUACAUCACCACGAAUCUGAGCUACAUCUACCUCUACUUUUUUGAGAGCAACAAGGAGCAGAACAAUCCUGCUUGGAGAUAUAGCCCUUGCAGCUAUGCCUUUGUGGCUGACAUAAGCUGGUACAUAACCAAGAUUAGCCGGGAGGACGUGAUGGGCAACAUGACGUUUGUCCAAAGGAUCGGCAAGCAGGGUGUCCCUCUGGUGCUGGACUGGGCCAUCAGGGACAGUGGGGGGUGUCCUCCGGGCGGUAGCAGCGGCGGAAUUAACGGGAACACGACGACGCAGGCGCAUGGUGACGCGUGCGUUAGCGCGCAUAGCUACUGCUUGAACGCCACCAAUGGGCCGGGGUACUUCUGCAAAUGCUCCCAGGGAUAUGCCGGCAAUCCCUACGUCUCCGAUGGAUGUCAAAAUGUUAACGAGUGUGACCCGUCCAUUUAUAAAGAAAAGUAUCCUUGCAUUGGUGGGACAUGCCAUGACAUAGAAGGUGGCUACAAGUGCAAAUGCAAUUUCGGAAGAAGAAGGGAUGGCAAAGAUGACCACAUUUGCCAACUUGUUCUUCCCAAACCAGCCAUAGCGGCGAUUGCAACAAUAUGUGCCAUCUCAAUUUUGGCCAUCCUACUCAUUUUCUUGCACAUGAAGUGUCAAAAAAGGAAGCUUCAGUAUGCUUUCGACAAAAACGGUGGUCAACUGUUGAAAAACAUCGGCAUUAAGAUUUAUCAAAAAAAGGAGAUAAUCAAAAUCACAAAUAACUAUGAUAACAAGAUUGGAGAGGGUGCCUUUGGUCGGGUCUACAAGGGAACAACUGAUGACAACAAGCAGAAAGUUGCUGUAAAGUGCCCUAAAACCGAUACAGAUCAGCACAAUAAGAAACCCAACACAAUGGGCAUUAUUAAUGACCAUCCAAGUGACUUUGCAAAUGAGGUCACUAUGCAAUUUCAUAUGAGUCAUAAGAAUGUAGUUAGGCUACUGGGCUGUUGUUUGGAGACAAAUGCCCCUAUGCUAGUCUAUGAAUUCAUCCCAAAAGGAAGCCUCGAACAUGUGCUUCAUGGCAAAAAUUUAGGGCAUGCUCUCCCACUACAAACCCGUCUAGGAAUUGCUAUUGAAUCUGCAGAAGCUUUGGCUUAUAUGCAUUCAUCAGCAAAUCAGAAGAUCCUUCAUGGAGAUGUCAAGUCUGGAAACAUUCUACUGGAUGAUAAUUUUAUGCCGAAGAUCUCAGACUUUGGGAUAUCCAGGCUCUUGUCAAUAGAGAAAGACCAUGCUAGCUUCGUGAUAGGGGAUACAAACUACAUGGAUCCUGUGUAUAUGCAGACAGGUCUUCUCACCGAGAAGAGUGACGUGUACAGCUUCGGAAUCGUGCUACUGGAACUCAUCACGAGGAAGAAGCCGAGGUACGACGGCAAUAAGAGCCUUCCAUUAGACUUUGUCAAGUCUUACAAGACAGAGAAUAAAGCAAGGGAGAUGCUUGAUGAUGAAAUUAUCACACAGUCAUGCACUGAAGUCAAUAUUAUAAAUUGUCUUGAGAUUGUUAGUGGGAUUGCAGUUCAGUGCCUCGAACAAGAUGUGGAUAAGAGGCCCAAUAUGAAGGAAGUUUCGAAUCGACUGAGUUUUGCAAGGGAAGUGAUGCAAGAGCAAGGCAAAAGGAGUUCUGAUCAAGCCGAUGAAAUAGCCAUUGCCUUUCCUUCUCCAUUGUCUCCAAUAUGA